AAAGAGUGAAUGAAAACAAAAGAACAGUACAAAAAGGAUCAGUGAUUGCAGGUCAAAAAAUAAUGGCAUGAGGGUUCAAUUGAAUUGAAUUGAGGGUCCCACACAAACACUCACAUAAGGGUUCUCACUUUCUUUGUUCUCUUGUGUUGUGCUGACCUCACUCUCUCUUCUUCUCUUCCUCUUAAAUUCUCUUCUCCGCUUUCUGUCUUGGAACUCGAACAAUCAAUUGGGGCAUGGGAAUGGGACUCUGAGAAGUGGGAUUGAGUUUGGCAUUAUUAGAUAAUCAAGUAGAAACAUAGUUACAUACUGUGAUGGCUAUGGAUGUAAAAGGCAUAGCAUGGGUUGGAAACGUGUACCAAAAGUUUGAGAAUAUGUGCCUCGACAUGGAAGAGAUGAUGCUUCAGGAUACUUUUAAAUACAUGGAGGAUCAGAUGCAGACUGUUGGGGAAAAUGUUAAGAAAAUUUAUGCUGGUGUCAUGAAAGAUUUACUUCCUCUGUCUUUGUGCGAUUUGGAUGAAAAGGCUGUGUCUGAAUUGCCGAUAGAUCAUUAUACUGAUGACAGUUCCUUGGAGAUGACAUCUCAAGGUUCCGAGAAAAUAACCGUAAAGGCAGAUGCCAAGGAGACAGCAGAGGAUUCAAGGAUCAAUUUUGAUGUUGAUAUUGCUGCAAUACGUGAUGAAUCUUGUGAUGCCAAUGCUUUGUUUGAGGCGGAUGCUGGUGAUUUUGUUCAAGUUGGUCAUUCAUAUAUAAAAUCAAACCUUGGUGGUGAUGAAAAUCAACAAAGUAAGAUGCCUUCGUCCAAUGCAACCAGUGAAAUCACUUCCUUAGCAUCAGAUAGAGGCAGAUGCAGCACAUCUCAAGCAUGUGAGCUCUCAAAUGAAAAACAAAAUCAUGAAGUUAAUUUUUCAAAUCCGGCUUCUUCUGAAGUAAAAAGUCCUGCUUGUGAUGCACUAUGUUGCGAUGAAAUUGAAAGUUCAAGUACUGAACAGAUCUACAAUGCUCCGGCAUCAGUUAAGCCAGCUGAAAAGAAAGAGAUGAACAUGGGUUGUUCUUCCUCCAGUGUCCUAUUCGGAGACGCAGAUGGGUUCUCUAUGAUCAGAGCAAUAGAGUCAGAUGAGUAUUCAAAUGACACUGUUGUUGUAUCUCAUCCAGAAAUUCCAGAAGCAUGGAGUUCAGAUGCAAUGAUGAUUAAUACCGUGCAACAAGAUGAUGAGCAGAAUCUUGAUGAAACUUGUAUUAUGGUGACCAGAGAUGAACUUCGAUUAGCUCCCAAGACUGGUGGUAAUCUAGAGACUAAUAAGAAAAAGAGGCAGCAACCCUUCUCGUUAUCCAAGAAGUCUGCAAGGAAGCAAGAGUAUAAGGAGCUUAUGAUAUGGCAUGGAAACAAUGAUGAAGAGGAGGAUGUUGUGAAGAAUUCAUGUCCAAGCUCAGUUAAGGAUCACAAAAAUUCACAGCUUCCUGAUAUCUCUGAACCUGAAUGGGAGCUUCUCUGAAUAUACCACAUUUUUAAUCCCUAUAUAUAUAUAUACAUUGUUGAGUAUGCAGUAUUGCAGCGAAGAUUCAAUUUUCUUACAAUAAGAAUUUAUGUUACUAGACCUUUUCCUAGUUCCUAGCAGCAACACUUUUAUUCUUUCUUUUUUCCCCGUUCUUUAUUAAUUACGCCAUUCAAAUGAGAACAUCUAAAUAGGGUAGUUUAAGUUAUAUAUAGAAUGUGAAUGUCCUCUUUUUUUCUGAUUGACUUCUUAUGUUUAUAUUGAGUAUUCAUAUUAUAUACUUUUGGAGGAUUUGAAAUGUUUAGCAUAAA